AUGUGGACUGAGCAAGCGAGUGGACCGGGGACAGGCAGGAGGCGGGAGAGAUCUCCAAAAGAGGAGCCACCCACCGCACAGGAUGGAUGGUGGCAAAAGACCUUGCGGGCGCUAAAGACCCUUCUGCUCUUCAGUAUAAUCCUUGGUCUUUCUCUGCUGCUUUGGGGCUACGUGUUCCAGGGCUGUGGUCCUUCCCCUUGCAAGACGUCUGUGUGUCAGGACAUCCUGGAUCUCUACCUGGCCUCUGGGAACAUGAGUGUGGCCCCCUGCACUGAUUUCUUUAGCUUUGCCUGUGGAAACAUCAACAGGACUGGCAGUCCUUUUCAGGCUCUUGCAGAGGAGAACAGGCGCCGAGUUCGAAGAAUCCUGGAGACCCCAGGUUCCUGGCACUUGGCCCCUGGGGAGGAGAAAGCCUUCGGAUUCUACAACUCCUGCAUGAACACGGAUGCCAUUGAGGCAGCAGGGGCCGGUCCCCUCAGACAGGUUAUUGAGGAGCUUGGCGGCUGGCCGAUCUCCGGUAACUGGACUGUCUCCGGUAACUCGACUCCGUUAGAUUUUAACCAAACUCUGAGCCUUGUGAUGAGUCAAUAUGGUCACUUCCCAUUCUUCAGAGCCUAUUUGCAACCUCUUCCCACCCCUCCAUACCUGCCAGUCAUCCAGAUAGACCAGCCAGAGUUUGACGUUCUCCUCGAGCAAAAACAGGAAACAAACUAUGCCCAGAUCCUGCGGGAAUACCUGCAUUACCUGAAUCGCCUGGUAACCUUGCUGGGAAGAGACCCAAGCCAAGUGCAUGAUGACGCCUCCUUUUUCAUCUUCAUUAACUCACAGCUGAACCAGAUGCUGAAGUCUGGGGAGCAGCAGCGGGCCCAGGGCAAAGUCUUCAAGAUGGUCACAAUUGACCAGUUGCAGAGAGUGGCCCCUGCCAUCGACUGGUUGUCCUGCUUGCAAGCAACGUUCGCACCGAUGUCCCUGAGCCCCUCUUAUCGCGUCGCAGUCCAUGACCUGGAGUAUUUGAAAAACAUGUCGCAACUGCUUGAGAAGCAGCUGUUGAAGCACAGGGACUUCCUGCAAAGCCACAUGAUCUUCGGGCUGGUGAGGACACUUUCACCAGCCCUGGACAGUCAGUUCCAAGAGGCACAACGAUUGCUGAGCCAGAAAGUGGGGGAACUGACAGGACGCCCACCCAUGCCGGUCCACCCUCGCUGGAUGAUGUGCGUGGAGAAGACAGAAGCUUUCUUUGAGCCCACACUGGCCGCCUUGUUCGUCCAGGAGACUUUCAGAUCCAGCACCCAUAAUGCUGCCAUGGAAUUAUUCACUACCAUCAAGGAUACCCUCAUCUCUCACCUUCAUACAGUUCCCUGGAUGGAUGGAGAGACCCGGGCAGAGGCCCAGGACAAGCUUACCCAACUGCAGGUGAAGAUGGGGCCCUCGGAGUGGGCCCUGAAGCCAGACCCGGCCAGACAGGAAUACGACGACGUGCAACUUGGACCCAGCUUCCUCCAGACCUUCCUGAGUUGCGUCCGCUCCCGCCAAGCCAGAGUCAUCCAGGGGUUCUUGCAGCCUUUCUCCAGUCACAGGUGGCAGGUGCCUCCCUGGGGCCUCAAGGCUUCCUAUUCAAUACCUGACAACGUGAUGGUCUUCCCAGCCGGGCUCCUCCAACCCCCAUUUUUCCACCCUGGCUACCCCAGAGCUGUGAACUUUGGCGCUGCUGGCAGCAUUAUGGCCCGUGAGCUGUUGCACAUCUUUGACCAGCUCUUACUCCCCGGGGGCUGCCCGGCCUGUGACACCCGUGCCCUGCAGAAGGCACUGCUGUGCCUGGAACGCCUCUAUGCUGCCUUUCCGUCACCCAGGGGAACCUCCUUCGAUGUCUCCCGCACGCUCCUGGAGGAUGCUGCAGACGCCGGGGCACUGGCCAUCGCGCUGAAGGCAUACAAAAAGAGGCUAGUACUGUUCCGUGGGGAAACCAUCCUGCCCGGCCUAGACCUCAGCCCCCGGCAACUCUUCUUCCGAAGCUAUGCCCAGGUGAUGUGUAGGGACCCCAGCACCCAGGAUCCUCAGGACAUUCACAGCCCUCCUACCCUUCGAGUCCACGGUCCCCUAAGCGACAGUCCAGCCUUCACCAGACACUUCCGCUGUCCCGAGGGGGCCCUCCUGAACCCCUCCAGCCGCUGCCAACUCUGGUAA